UAAGUGUUCCAUUCUGAUGCCGUGUUGCAGGGUCCUCGGCAUAUCGUGCAGCAGUAUCGGAUUGGCAUUGAUCUUCCUACUCGUGAUAGUUUGUGCUAUCAGCGAGGCUGCCAGAUAUCGGGUCAAGUUCUUCGUCUUCAUAGUCCUGAGUGCAAUUUCCGUAACGUGGUAUCUUCCCUUUAUGUUCCUGAGGCCUGGCAGCUGGAAGAACGCUCUACCUCCUGCGUGGUGCUCAAGACAAACUGCCAAGUUAUUAGGGAUUCAGUUUGAGAUUCGAGGAAAGGAGAACAUCGUCCAGGAUAGCGGCUGCGUGGUGCUAAUCAAUCAUCAAAGUUCUAUAGAUCUCUUUGUUUUGGCUGAGCUCUGGCCAGUACUCGAAAGGUGUACAGUUGUGUCGAAAAAGGAGAUCCUUUAUUUAGGGCAGUUCGGACUGGCGACUUGGCUAUGGGGGACCAUUUUCAUCGACAGAUUAAACGUCGAACAGGCCCACACUACGAUUAAUUCCACGGCCGAUAUUAUCAAUCAGAGAAAGGCGAAACUUUUGCUGUUUCCGGAGGGCAAAAGACACUCGGGAAGCACCUUGAUUCCUUUCAAGAAAGGCGCCUUUCAUGUUGCUAUCGCUUCUCAAACACCGAUCCAACCUGUAGUUGUAUCCAGAUAUUACUUUUUGAAUGACAAGUUGAAGAAAUUCGAUUCCGGUGAGGCAUUGUUAACUUUAAACUGCGCCGGAAUAAUGUCAAACGAUAAGUUGCUCUUUGGCGUAGACUAGUUUCUCUCGCUUACG